AUGCCUCUUGGAAUCCUCAGAGACGACAAGCUCGAGCAUGUGCCAGGAACUGCUCCACUUUCCGAUCAAAACAAGAACGACACCGAGUAUGCUGGCGUUGAUGCUUCAUUACUGAAACAUGACUCGACCGGCAAGAUCGUCCUGGUUCCUCAACCAUCGGACUCGAUCAACGAUCCCUACAACUGGCCAAAGAUGAAGAAAUUCUUAUUCGUCGCCGCUUUUCUGUACGGCUGCGGGUGUGUGGGAGCUAUCGGGCCACUUCUCGGGGCAGGUUUUGUUCCUCUGUCGGCUGAGCUUGAUGUCCCUCUUCCCAAAUUUAUCUCCGGUUUCCAGGGUGCCCUCAUCUGUGCCAUCGGCGUGGGUAGUCUCGUAUGCAACACCCUCGCGGUCAAGUAUGGCAAGAGACCUAUCUAUCUCAUCACAUCCCUGGGCCUUGCGGUCACCUGCUUUUGGGCUGCAGCGGCAAAAUCGUUCCCAUCUCUUGUUGCAGCAGGUAUUGCUGAUGUUUGGUUUGUGCACGAACGCGGAUUCAUCACUGGCCUCUUCAACCUGGGCGUUCUUGGUGGCAUCAACCUGGGCCCUCCCAUCGCUGGUCCCGUCAUCCAGUACGCUGGUUACAAGACUUGUCUAUACGCAAUGGGCGGUGCAUUCGUUCUUCAGCUGAUCCUGACAUUCUUGUUCAUGCCAGAGACCGCUUUUGUGAGAUCCAGCACGUUGAACAUUGACACAACUGCGCACACCAUUGCGGUCAAUGAGAAGACCGUCGAGGAGCAUGUUGAGGGAAGCGAGGCUCAUCACAACGCCUCUGCACGACCACUGGUCGACAAGAAAAUCUCCUUUGCCAGAGAAAUGCUGCCAUACUCGGGCUACGUCAACCACGUCUCUUUGUGGAGGGUCGCGGUUGAACCGUUCAAGCUACUUGCUUCCCCAAUCGUGCUAUGGGCAGUGUUGUUGUUCACUACAAUUCUUGCCUGGCUAGUCGGUAUCUCAAUCGCGUCGUCACAGAUCUUUUCAGCGCCGCCUUACAGUUUCUCAAUCGUCGAGGUGGGCGCAACGAACGUUUCUUCAUUCGUUGCAGGGCUUUUGGGCAGUUUCAUCUCAGGCCCAGCAAUCGAUGGGGUUUCCAAAUUCAUGGCCAGGAAAAACAAGGGUAUUUUCGAACCCGAGUUUCGACUGCCCAUUAUGGUGGUAUUUGUGCUCCUCACAGCUGGCGGCUUCUUUGGCUGGGGAGAGGCGGCAUACCAACUGUCUCCCUGGCCCGUUCCCGUCGUCGUCUGCCUCGGACUCAUCAACCUAGGUGCGCAGUUAGGCACGACCUGCCUGAUUACCUACCUUGUCGACUGCCACCGUGAACAGGCAGGAGAGGCCUUGGGCGUGAUCAACUUCUUCAAGAACUUCUUUGUCUUUGGCUUGACAUUCUAUUUCAACACUUGGAUCGCAGAUGAUGGCGUACGAAAUGUGUUCUUCACACUUGCGGGCAUCACUAUUGGUGUCACAUUGCUCACGAUUCCUAUGUAUAUCUUCGGCAAAAAGUCUCGAAGCUGGGUGUACAGACAUAAUAUUACUCUUACAUCUGGCUAG